AUGGAAUUGUCCAAGCAGUUGGCAUUCAAGGAUGAUAUCAUGGUCACAGGAGCCAUUGCAAUAACAGACCUUCAACAACCCAAGGGCCAAAGGUGGUUUGAUGUCAAGGAUCUCUUUGAGGACUACCAGGAGAGGGUCAAAGAAAGGGCACAACUAGAGGCAAAGAGGCUGGCCCAGGAGCCCAUGGCACAUACUUGGGGUCAGGCAGAGGGAGGGGUGGGCCCUGGUAAUGUGAGCAAGGGAAAAGGGAAGGAGAAGGCCACCAACAAGGAGGAUGAGCUUGCUGACAAUGUUGAUGACGAUGAGAAUGAGGGUGAAGAACUGACUCUUUCCCCUCAUGAUCCUUUGCCAACCCCCUGUCUCUUCUUCUGCAGGGCUACUCCCAAGCCCAGGCCAUCAUUCAAAGCCUCUUCACCCCUUGUCAACAAGCCUCAACUGUCACCCCCCAGCAAAGAACUGCAAGUCAAGUUCAAACCAUUUUUUGCAACUGUGACCAGCUUACUAAAUGAAUCUGGAGAUGUCAAAGUGCCAGUCCAGAGUGACACUCCAUUAGUUGCAGAAACUCCAGAGGUCAUAAACCCAAAUGAGUGGUCAACAGCAAACUUCAUUGAGCAUCUGCAAGUGCUUGAGGCGAGAGCCAAGGAUGAGGAAUUCGAGCUGGAGCAGGUCUACUGGCUGCUGGAGAUGUUGGUGAGGCAGGUAACACAUUGGAUUGAGAGUGCAUGGGCUAGGUGGGAGGAGUUGUGA